AUGCCGCACCAGCUGCUGCGCGGGUUGGCUGCUGCUGCUGCUGACUGCAGCAAUGAACGCCACUCGCUGCUCAAGAACCCUUCAAAACAGCAGCAGCAGCAGCUGCUGCUGCUGCACAGGCAGCAGCAGCAGUUGCAGCAGCAACAGGUGCAGCAGCAGCAGCAGCAAUGUCAACAGGAUGAGCAGCAACAGUUGCAGAUUCAAGGGGUGGAUCAGCAGCUGCAGCAGCAACAGGUAGACCAGCUGCAGCAGCAAGAGGUAGUCCAGCUGCAGCAGCAAGAGGUAGUGCAGCUGCAGCAGCAAGAGUAUUCACUGAAGCAGCAGCAGAUUAACGUUGAGUCGGCUUCUUCAUCUGCUUUGCUUCCUCUCUGCUCUCUGCUUUAUUCGUCCUGGGGUGGCUGCCCUCCCUUCGGUGCUGCAGAUUUAUUAAUGUAUGAGAGGUGGCGAUGCAGCACAGUUGCGCAUAGGAAUCUCUGCUGUACGUACACCUCAGGAGAAAGCCUCUUAGGAGUUGAUUUAAUAGAAAAAGAAGCAGCAAGAAGAGCAGCUUGCUUCCAGCUGCUGCAGCAGCACCUGCCUAAAGGGCUGCCGAUGGACUUAAUAGAGAAGACAGCUUGGUUAGAGUGCUUUACAUAUUUCUGCAAGAAGGAGACAGCUAUGCAUCAUAGCAGCAGCAGCAACAGCAGCAACAGCAGCAGCAGCAGCAGCAGCAAUUGCUGCUUGCAUCCCGUCUCGCUCCCUUCUUUGAUAGCUCGGCUGUCUCGGCGUCUUUGGUUUGUCUGCCCGUCUGCUUUUUGCUUUGGACUGCAGCAGCUGCCUUCCUCAGCAGCAGCAGGAGCAGCAGCAGCAGCAGCAGGAGCAGGAGCAGCAGCAGCAGCAGCAGCAGGGGGUGUUGGGGUGCUCGAGAAACUACCCGAGUGGUUUAGCUUCUUUUGUGAAGAGCUGGCUUCUUUUUUUUUGUUUGUUUUGCUGCACAUGUCUGCACUUAUAACGCAGCACUGCGGGGUGUAUGUACACCUGGUUGAUAGAGAGUGGUGCGCUCGCUUUAAUCAACUCAAAUGGAUGCUUACUUCUUUCUCUUCUUCUUCUUCAUCAUCAUCUUCUUCUUCUUCUUUGCUUAAUGACAGCAGCAGCAGCAGCAGCAACAGCAGCAGCAGCAGCAGCAGCAGCAGCAGCAGCAGCAGGUGUGGGGUGUUUUUAGAGGGGUUAUUAGGAGGGGGGUUUGAUUUACCUCCUUUGGAGUGUAUCGACAGGUCUUUAUCAAAAUAUUUUGCGAUGAAUGCUUCGUCUUCACCGCACUCCUUUUGGCUGUUCUUUAAUAUGCAGACAGCGCAGUGGGUUGUUUGCGCAGAGACGCAUGCAUUAAAGUCCUUUCCGGUGCUGCUGCCGCAGAACCCUGCUGCUGCUCCUGCUGCUCCUGCUGCUGCUGUUGCUGCGGCUGCGGGUGCUGGAGCAGCAGAAACGCCAGCUGCUACAGGCUCAACUUCAAGUGGGAAGCAGCAGCAGCAACAGCAGCAGCAGCAACAAGAACAAGGGAAAGGUGCCGCUGCCGCCGCAGCAACAGCAACAGCAACAGCAACAGCAGCAGCAGCAGCAGCAGCAGCAGCAGAUGCGGGCGUUUCAUAUAAGAGGAAGCAGUUGCUGCCUUCUUUAGUAGAUGCAGCAAGAGAAGAAGCAUUAGAGUUUCUUUGUUUGCUCGGGGCCGUCCACCCUGCUGCUCUACCAUCGCACAUUUCUUACUUACACUCUCUCUUCACAGACACGCAGCAGCAGCAGCAGCAGCAGCAGCAGCAAGAGCAGCAGCAGCAAGGGCAGCAGCAAGAGCCACUGCAACAACAACAGCAGCAGCAACCACAGGUAUUACAACAGGAACAGAAGCAGCUGCUAUUGCAGGAACAGCAGCACAAGCAGCAGCAGCAGCAGCAGCAGCAAGAUGCGGGGUUGAAGGUUCUAGGCGUUGUUUCUUCAAACGAUGAAAUAAACAUAACUCCACAGACACCGGAAAACGCAAAUCGCUCUACAGCUUCUGCUGCAGCUAAUGCGGCUGCUGCUGCAGCUAAUGCUGCAGCUAAUGCUGCAGCUGCUGCUGCUGAUGCUGCUGCUGCUGCUUCAGCAUUAAUGGAUAGGGAAGCAGCAAAAGAAAACGAAAAAAGAAUUGAUGAAGUCGCAAGCAGAAGACGGCGAGAAACGGAAGACUCCAGAUACACUGCAGCAGCAACAGCAGCAGCAGCAGCAACAGCAGCAGCAGCAGAAACAGCAGCAGCAGCAGCAGCAGUAGUAGAAGUGGACACAGAAGAAACAGCAACAGCAGAAUCAGAAGCAGCAGCCGCAACAGCUGCAACAGCUGCGCCAGCAGCAGCAACAGCAGCAGCAACAGCACCAGCAGCAGCAACAGCAGCAGCAGCAGCAGCGCGUGCGGCCUGUGCAGCAAAGAGAAAAGAGAGGGAAGAAGUUUGCUGUGAAUCUCCUGAAGAAAAACAAAAACACAAAAAACAAAAUAAAAAACACAUCAAAUCCAUCCAACAAACAGAUAAACAACAAACACAGCAGCAGCAGCAGCAGCAGCAGCAGCAGCAGGGAGAAACGCAGCAGCGAAAGCAGCAGCAGCAGCAGCAGCAAAAGCAGUCGGAAGAGUCCACAGGGGAGCCGCACAAACCUCCGAAGGACAGAAAACAGCAGCAGCACCAUAAGCAGCAGCAGCAUCAUAAGCA